UGUAUCAAACUUUCCUUCCCCCACACUCUGUCCAUCCUCUUGUUCACAAAGCAUUGUUCCUCUUCUUGCCCUUUUUCACGUGCCUCUUAUCACGCCUGUUCCAACUGAUACGUCUGCCUACAAUGACGAGCCCGGAUUCGUGGUCACAACGUCUUCGAGAGCAUUGCCUGGUCCGCGGUAUACCAGAGCCAACUUAUACGGAUCUUUCGGAUCGCCGAGGAGGCCGAACUGCAUGGACCACCAUGGUCUCUGUCAGUGGUACCAAUUACCAGGCUCGCUUCUGGUACGAUGGCGACUAUCUUUCUCAGGCAAAAGAAGACUGCUCCGAGGUUGCACUGAGGACUAUUACUGGAUAUGUGAAUUCUGCGCAGACGCCGCCGCCAGCAAGCCACUAUCGUAGCUUGGGCACGCAGAUGAACCAGAGUAUUACUUCUUGAAUGAGUGGCCGUGUCUCUCGCCUGGUCUAUGUUUGCUCGAACUCGUUGAAAUUGGCGCGAGAGAUGGCGUCGAGUUGAUGGGAAUCAGGAAUUCAAACGCUCCAUUCACGAUUCUUCGUGAUCGGCAACAGUCACUCCUUUUUUUUAGUUGUUUUUGUUGUUAUCAUUGGAAAGCUGGUGGUCAUAGUGGCUUAUCGACGUUGUUAACUUGGUUUUGCUUAGGUUAAGGUAGGGAGGGGGAAACGGGAUAUGGGGCAAUG